CACGUGCAUUUUGAAAUCGAUAGUAGGAAAGCGUCGCGACGAUCUACGACACGACGCCGCGACGCAUUUUCGUUUGUCCGCAAUUUAGUGUGUGGUGGUAAACGAAUCAGAGCUACUUGCUGUGCGUUGUCUUUAAAAACACACACAAAUUUAUCUCAAAGCGGGAGCUGUUACAGCUGCUGCACAUUCAUCUGUUUAUCUCAUUUUCUGAGCAUCACUCGUGCGCUGUCUAUGUGGUAGUAGUUGUGAACAAGUGUGCGUUUUUUUUUUUUCGGGGGGAUGUACCAUAGAUUGGGUGCACAAUAUAGUCGCGUUUGUUUAUUACAAUAAUAAUUAAUUAAUAACAACUUAAUAAUAGUGACGUCAAUACGAAAUAAACGAUUGUAAUUUGUUGUAGGUACCUAGUAAUAAAUACGUAUUUUUUUGCGUGAUUUUUUAAUAUGAACAAUUUAGACGUGUUGUGCCGGAAAAGGUGAUAGUAACAUUUAUGAAUUGACAUUUACUAAAAUGCUAGAUCCUGUGGGAUAGCAUGUAAUCAGGACGUAUUAGUAUUUUUAAUUUUGUAAAUAUUGUGACAUUUUUUUUGUAAAUAAGUACCUACGCCUAUUUACGUGAAAUAGAGAUGCCGUUUUUUAAGUUCCCUGGACCGCAAAGUCCUCCCAGGAGGCUAUUGAUACAACCUUCUCCUACUAGUCCUUUUUGCACAAGUCCUAGUCAAUUGCAGGAGGUCACGUUGGAUCCUGAUUCAACAACAUUUACGUAUAUGGGGAUACAAACCCCGAACGUUGCUGCCGGUAGGUCCGUGAAAGAUUUCGAAGAGCAACUGACAAAUUUGAGAAAAGAAAAUUUCAAUCUCAAACUCAGAAUUUAUUUUUUGGAGGAACGGAUGGGGGCUACUUUUAAUAUUGACAAAGAAAAUGCCAUAAAAAAGAAUAUAGAACUUAGCGUGGAAUUAGAAUCUCUUCGCAAAGAAGUUGAAGAAAAGCAAGAAUUAUUAUGCCAAGCUGUGAAGGCUAUGGAAUUGGAAGAAGAAGAACACAAAAAAGAUGUUAAUGCACGGGACAAGGAAAUUGAGAAUUUAAAGGAACAGUUGAAAAAUUUACAUCAGAACGCUCAAGUUGCUUUGCAAACCAAUGACAGCUUAACAAACGCUGGUAACCAAUUAACGCUUUACGCAGCUCAUCUUCAACUCGACAAUGCCAAAGCCUCUGAUAUAUUACACGACCUCCAAACACAGAUAUUAGAAUUAGAAAAAGCCUUAAAAAAGGAGCGUAACAGAGGUGACCAUUUAGAACGUCUUUUGGCUGCUGCAGAUUGUGAAAGCGUUAGAUCGAAAGAGCUCGAAGUAGAGAUACGUCGAAAGGACAAUAGACUUGCUAGCGUGGAGCAGGAGCUCAAGGAUUCGACUUACAAAAUUUGUGCAUUAGAAGACGAGGUGCACCAGGUACAAAAACAGGCCGCGAUAGCCGUCAGCGAGCUCGAAAUUAAAACUCGCGAAUUAAAAAAGAAAGAACAAGAACUGGCAAUUCGCGACAAUCAGAUGGAAGAGCUGAAGAGAGCGCUGCUGGACGCCGAGGGCCAGAUGGACGCAGAACAGCGCAAGACUGAAAAAUAUCGUUGUUCAUUAACGAAACGAAACACUUUGUUGAGUGAAAAAGAAGUUUACAUCGAACGUCUAGAGACGAAAGUACGACAGUUGGAGUCUUGUCUUAAAGAGGUUAAAGGGGCGAGCCCUGGGCGAAGGUCGAAAUUAUUGCACAGUAAUAAUAAUGACGUCGAUUCGUUUAUUUCAGUGCAAUGUUCAACGGCAUCUUCAGAACUUUCAUCAGCAACAGCACCAACGAAGGACUACUCGUCGCAACAACAACUAACCCCAUAUAAUUCGACCACCUACAACAACCGUCAUCAUCAUUACAAUAACAGCCAGCAGUCGUCACAAGAGUACUCUCACCCAAUAUAUUCUGCCGGUGACUUUGUCAGUUCCCCAAAUAAUUGCUCCUGUAACAUUGAAAAGCUCCAACAACAGUUAGAACGGGCGAAUGAGGAGAUUACCCGUCUAAAAAAGGAGCAAUAUAAGACAAUUAGAAUGAUAAAAUCGAUGAUAGUAACCCGAAAAGAACAUACAGAAGAGAUAGAACGCCUGAAAGGUCUCGUGGAAGAAAAAGAACGUGAAAUCGAUGCGUUACAAGAGAAGAUCACGUGCAUUGAAAAGAACGGAAUGAUCGAAACGUCGCCCACAAAGAGUACGGCGGAAAAACCAAUCUAUAAAAAAAUUAAUGAACUAAACCUGACGGCCGCGCUUAGUCCAACCGCUAAUAAUGAGAAUUCGAUGUCAGAAACGGCCGAGGGCACAUCACAACUAUGUGAACAGUACAAAACUCUGUCUGUUGAACUGGAGAAACAGGUCCAGAUUCUUCUUGAAACACUCAACCAAAAAGAUGCUCAACUGAAUAGUUACAAAGCAGAGUGUGAAAGUCAGUUGUCAGAAUUGCAAGAAAAGCAAAACCGUAUCAUUGACUUAGAAUUUGAAUUGCUUUCUACCACCCAAGAGAAAUCUGACGCAUCCAAUGAAAAAGAAUGUAGCUUUUGGAAAAGAGAACUUAUGGAAAAGGACAAAGAGAUUUCGAGACUAGAAAUUGAAUUGCGCAAACGUACUGGGGAUUUACAGACUAUAGUAAACAAGGAAUUGUGGGAAAAAAAUAGAGAAAUAGAAAAGUUACAGAAGAGAUACGGAAACGUACUAGAAUUAAAAGACAAAGAGAUUGUUGAACUUAGAAAGGACAUUGAGGAUAAAGAGUCGCAACUUACCCUACUCAAAGAUAAAAUAAGCGAAUUAGGAGCUCAAAUAACACCAGAGUCGGACCUGCUACCUGUUAAGAACAACGAGAAAUUAUUUUCUGAAAAUAAAUCCUUAGAAGAAAGUCUUUAUUGCAGUUUGAAAGAACGAAAAGAAUUAAUUAAACAAUCAGAAAAUCUUAAACAUAAUUUAAAUAAUUCCUUGGAAAAUAAUAAAAGUGAAGAAUUAGCUGCUCUAAAAGACGAACUAGAAAAAUGCGAGAAGUUGAGACACGAAAGCCAAGACAUUUGUUCCGUAUUAAGCACACGCUUGGAAGAAUUAUGCCAGUUUCUGGAUUCCUUAUUAAAACAAAAGUCUGUCCUUGGAUUUUUAGGGAAUAAACAAAAAAGCCACCUUCGUAAAAUCAUCGAUCAAAGCCUUGAUCUUUCUCGCACUUUGUCAAUAAGCAUUUCUCUAAAUCCAAAUCAAAGCCUCUUACAACUAAGCAACCUCAGUAAUUUGUUAGAUUUGACGCAUGAAACAAACGAAUCUAUUAAUAGUCCUGAAGAAACUUCACUAAGCAUUCUUCCAGAUGAAGUAUCAUUAACUUAUCAAAGUCAUUUAAAGUGCACUAAUACAGAUAAUAUGAUUAAUUCAAGCAUUGUAAGUCAACAAGCUGAAAUAAUAAAUAUAUUACGAGAACAAGUGGAGAAUCUCAAGAAAGAAAUUGAAUUAAGAGAUACUGAACUAGAAAAUAAAGCAAGAAGCGAAAGAAAAGAACUGAAGAAUGAUCAGGAAUUCGUUGAAGCAGUUAUAGAUCUACAGUCUUCUUUAUCCGAAUCCUCCAAACAUGUUCCAUCACCUCAAAAAAUUUUACAAGGACUGUUCCCUUCGAAAUCGCCUUUAUUGUGUUCAAACGAUAAAUCUGUUCUUAACACCACGUCUACCACCCUUAAAAAUGUUAACACAGAAAAUCAAUCAGAAUCAGAAUGUUGGUCAGAACCCGAUCGAAAAGUAUCUAUGCAGAGGAUGGGAAUUAUUGACGAUAAGGUUAAAACUGGCUUGAACUCUUCCUUAUCUGGUCGCAGAAGUAGAUUCAGUUAUAUGGAAUGUCUUUCAACUGAAUCCACAGAGGACGAAAGAAAUAUGAGUUUGUCCAGGACACCAUCAAAGAGAAGCACCAUAGUCGUUUUACAUGAACAGAUUUGCGAGCUUGAAGACAAGCUUAGAGACAAAGAAAAACAACUUUUAGCAGUCCAGAUUGCUUACUUUGAAACGGAAAAAGUUCUUAAUGAGGAAAAGGCUAAGGUACUCAAUUACAUAAAACAGGAAGAACAGUUGGUGUCCAAAAUGAAAAGUACAGAAGAUAAGCUUAGAGAAGCUGAGCAAAAUUAUGAAGCAGCAAAUAAAAAAUUAGAAGAUAACAACUCUGUCAUUGCUACUUUAGAACAGUUUAAGUCACAAAUGGAAGAGCAACUGAAAAUGAAGGAUAAAGAAAUGCAUAAUAUAAUUAAUGAACUAGAAAAGGAAAAAGAUAUGGCUAUUAAGGCUGCCGAAGAAGCCGAAAAAAUAGCUGACAAUGCCAAAAUUGAUAUCAAAAAUGCAGAAUUGAAACUUUGCGAUUUGAAGGACGAGCUUGCACAGAUAGAAAACAAAACACGACAAAGCUUAGAGGAAGAAUACAAAAAUAAACUGAGAAAUAUCGAAAACGAUUUCCAAAGUCGAAUGAAAUGCUCUGAACAAGAACAUCAAUCAAAGUUACAAUCUCUAGAACACGAAUGUGAAUCUCAGAUAAAAUCGAUAAGAAUGACCAUAGCCAGUAUUAAAGAAGCUUGUGCCGAAGAUCAAAAGCGAAAUUCUGACGUAGCUAAUGAAACAACAGAAGUAGAGUAUAUUAUGGACGAAUUGGAAAGCAUAAGAAAAUCCAUCCGAUCUAUGAGAGCUAAAGUAAAAGACAUGGAGGAAAACGAAGAAUUCUAUAAAGAAAAAAUAUUUAAACUGGAGGUUCAAAAUGAAGAAAAAAUAAAAAAUCUUUAUAUACAACUUGACACUGUAGCACUGCAACACUCAGAAACAAUGUUGGAGAAAACAAAGUUGAUGAAUGAAAAGAAUGUUUUGGAACAGGACAUUCAAAAAUAUAUCCGCAAAGAAGAAGAAUUGAUAAGACAAGUUAACGAUUUCCAAAGGGAAUUUACUGAUAUACGGCAUAGUUUCCAAAAACAACUUAGCUACCUAGAAAACCUCAAAGUAUCUCUUGAAGCUAAAGUGACUCAACUCGAAUCAUCGAAUGCAGAUCUACGUAGAAGAAUUAUGAGUAGUGGCAAUAUCAACGUUCUUGAUGACAACACUCUGUCUUAUUCUCUUCCGAAUAGUCCUACUAAAUACGCUGACCUGUAUCCCAACAAAACCUUGCCCAUUCGUUCUAAAAAAAGUGUUCAAUACUUUCGAGAGUUAUCGGACACUGCCCCUAGUGACCUGGGCGAUACUAAAGGAUUUUUUAAUGUUGUUCAACUUCAGGCACCGAAUGUUAUGGAAAUGGAGCACGAUUCUCGUCAUGGAAAUUCGUCUCCAGAUUUGGGGAUAGAAAGCGACCAAGGACGAUUUUCUAGUCUCGAGGCAAAUGUCAACAUUCCUAGACCUUUGUUACCUACUUUAGAACUAACAGAGUCCAUGAAUAAUCUAUUGGAUAACAGUGUCUCUGUUCAAGACGGUUUUUGUAAUAAUGAAAAUUGUAUAAUGAAAAUUAAAGAGAUGAUGAAUGAAAAUUCAGAGUUAAAGAAGCGACUACUGAGGACGAGAAGGGCUUUAGAAGAGACGGUGACCCAAUUAACACUGGCCAACAAGCGUAAGAAGGAAGUGGAAAAAACGAUUUGCAAACAAAUUCACAAAACAAGCCAAGUUUUGCGAAAGGCUAAAGCUAAUCUUGAUUCUGGUUCAGAAACAGAAGUUCUAACUAAAAAAAGUAGAUUCAGUUAUAUGGAAUGUCUUUCAACUGAAUCCACAGAGGACGAAAGAAAUAUGAGUUUGUCCAGGACACCAUCAAAGAGAAGCACCAUAGUCGUUUUACAUGAACAGAUUUGCGAGCUUGAAGACAAGCUUAGAGACAAAGAAAAACAACUUUUAGCAGUCCAGAUUGCUUACUUUGAAACGGAAAAAGUUCUUAAUGAGGAAAAGGCUAAGGUACUCAAUUACAUAAAACAGGAAGAACAGUUGGUGUCCAAAAUGAAAAGUACAGAAGAUAAGCUUAGAGAAGCUGAGCAAAAUUAUGAAGCAGCAAAUAAAAAAUUAGAAGAUAACAACUCUGUCAUUGCUACUUUAGAACAGUUUAAGUCACAAAUGGAAGAGCAACUGAAAAUGAAGGAUAAAGAAAUGCAUAAUAUAAUUAAUGAACUAGAAAAGGAAAAAGAUAUGGCUAUUAAGGCUGCCGAAGAAGCCGAAAAAAUAGCUGACAAUGCCAAAAUUGAUAUCAAAAAUGCAGAAUUGAAACUUUGCGAUUUGAAGGACGAGCUUGCACAGAUAGAAAACAAAACACGACAAAGCUUAGAGGAAGAAUACAAAAAUAAACUGAGAAAUAUCGAAAACGAUUUCCAAAGUCGAAUGAAAUGCUCUGAACAAGAACAUCAAUCAAAGUUACAAUCUCUAGAACACGAAUGUGAAUCUCAGAUAAAAUCGAUAAGAAUGACCAUAGCCAGUAUUAAAGAAGCUUGUGCCGAAGAUCAAAAGCGAAAUUCUGACGUAGCUAAUGAAACAACAGAAGUAGAGUAUAUUAUGGACGAAUUGGAAAGCAUAAGAAAAUCCAUCCGAUCUAUGAGAGCUAAAAUUACACAAUGGUUAAAUAUCUCCGCUGUAUCGUCAAAUCCUAAAGAAAAGGUUGAGAUAUUACAGAAACUUCAAGAAUUUUUAGUUAGAAAAACACCUUUUUUGUUACGUGAAUUUUUACAAAAUAUUCUCAAUUUUGUUACUGAUAAGAGUGCAGAUGUUAAAAAAACAUUAAUGGGUUUUAUAGAAGAAGUAUGCAAGUUAGACGAACAGUACCUUGUAGAUGUUAUGGUUACAGUUCAUUUGUUAUUGUCUGAUAGCAAUAUUGCAGUUCAGAAAAGGGCAAUUCAAGCAGCUAUAACAAUUUACCGUAAAAUGCUUGUUUGGCUAUGCAAAGCUCCAGCAAUCACAGAAAAAAUGGAGCAGACAUGGAAUCAGCUAAAUGUUAUAAAAGUGGAAAUUGCAAAUUUAGUAGACAGUGACAAUGAUGGGGUCAGAACAAGUGCUGUAAAGUUUCUAGAAUGUGUAGUUUUAUUGCAAACUUAUCCAGAUUCUAGUGAGAAUAAAAGCGGUUUCUCUCUAGAAGAUGUUCCUUUAACUUUGAAGAUCAUUAGAAGGAGAAAACUUGAAGAAGAGGCACAUAAUAUUUUUGAACUUUUGUCAAAAUUUACUGGUUCACAACAUAUCAGUAGUGCAAAUCUGUUUGCUUGCUUGGGUGCUUUGGCAAACAUUGGCAAAAAUCGACCCUCAUACAUGCCAAAAGUUAUAGGUGCUAUUGAAUUGCUUCAUUCAAAUUUACCUCCUACUUUGAGCAGUACUCAAGUUAAUUCGGUACGAAAGAAACUUAAAUCAGAACUUAUGGGGCUUAUAAAAAACCCUGCAAGUUAUGAUUUUAUAGACAGCAUCUCUGCAAUGUUAAUAGAAUUAGGUGUUUCAAGUGCAGAAAUACAAAAAAUGAUUCCAAAAAUUGAUGACCAAGUACGAAGAGAGAAACGUAGAAUUCAGAUGGAAUAUAUGCAAAAUACCAAAAGACAAAGAUUAGAUGCCGAUUUCAUGGAUAAGGAAACUUAUGAAAACCUAAAGAAACAAGCAGUUGAAGUCAAUGAAAAAUUCGUUUGUGAAAAGAUAAAUACUGAAAAAAUAAUUGAAUUAGUGCUGUUAACUCUGGGGAAAUUGCCCGAAUCAGCACCCUCAUUUUUUGAUAAAGAAUAUAAAGAAUUCACCAGCACAGGAAUGGUAGGACAGUAUAAAGCAUUAAUUACUCUUCUUGGUGAUUAUUUGUUAAAAAGUAACUUGGGCCCUGGUGGGGAUAUCAUAAAAAGCCUUCCUCCCAUAGAAACCAUUCAAGAAGACAAUAAGAAUGAUAAGAUGGAAACUGAAGAAGUUGAAAAAGAAAAGAAAAAAGAGAGAAUAAAAGUACCCAGAGUAAAAAUUUUGAAAUUAUCUGAAAUUACGAAACCUUUGGAAAAGAACUUGAAGGAAAAUUUCAUGUUAAACGCUGUGCAAAGGGUGUUGACAGCUGGUACAAAUAAAGCAGGACCAUUACGGCAGAAGGUACUCGUUACAAUGGGGACUUCCUUCACUCAAACUGUUUGGGAGACAAUUUUAAGUUUUCUCCUCUCAGACUUACGAGCUCAUCUGGACUUAGCAUUAUCAUGGUUGUAUGAAGAGUACAGUAUUAUGCAGGGCUUUUCAAGACUUCCCCCCUUGAGACGGGGUACACGACCCGAGCAGGGUUACAACAAUCUUAUUAAAGCAUUUGUGACAUCUUCAAUGACAGAUGCAUUAGUAUUAUCCCGGUUAUUUUUGGAAGGGCCUUUGAUAACAGAUGAAAUUUUGGAUAUUCUUUGUUCAGUUUGUCGUGAUGAAACUCACUGUGCAUGGGCUGCCGGUUUAUUGCACGAUUUGAUUUUACGAAAACCCCCUAAACAAGUGCCCUUUUUAAAGGCUCUUCUUUCUCUAACGACCCACGAAUAUGGUACCGUCCGCGACGUGUCCCUUAAGCAUAUUUUAGAUCUUUACAUAAACUCUAAACUAAAAGAUCCUAUUGAAGAAUUUGCAAAAGCUCACUUGGACUAUUUGAGUUCCUCACAUCCCCCUGACAAACUUUUCGGGGAGGGCCAAGGAAGACCUGUGAAAUUAGAAAUGUGGAAUGAGGAUUUAGUGAAAGCUUGCUUAAUGCCGUAUAUUAAAAUUUUACCUCACAACGAGGUCCUUAUAGGAGACUUGACGAAAAUUUAUAUCCAAACAAAUGCAGAUGUUAAAAGGGCAAUAUUAAGGUUGCUAGAAAAUCCUAUAAGAGAUAUGGGAAUGGAAUGUCAGGAAUUAUUGAAGCUUAUUGAAGAGUGUCCUAAAGGUUCUGAAACUUUGGUUACGAGAGUUAUUCAUAUAUUGACUGAUAAGGGUCCCCCAAGUGUUCAACUUGUACAGAUUGUAAGGAGAUUGUAUCAGACACGAGUUUCUGACGUCAGAUUCCUUAUACCUGUUCUAAAUGGCCUCACAAAGAAGGAAGUUAUUGCUGCACUUCCUAAAUUAAUAAAAUUAAAUCCUGUAGUUGUUCGCGAAGUUUUUAAUCGUUUAUUAGGUACACAUGGUGAUAGUCCUAUUAGUCCUACCGAAUUAUUGGUUUCUUUGCAUUUAAUAGAUACAUCUAAAGCAGAUCUAAAGACCGUUAUGAAAGCAACUUCUCUGUGUCUGAGCGAAAAACAAGUGUUUACCCAAGAAGUUUUAGCAGUCGUUUUACAGCAAUUGAUGGAGCAAACUCCCCUUCCCACGCUUUUAAUGAGGACCGUUAUACAAGCUCUAAGCUCUUAUCCAAGACUUUCAGGAUUCGUUAUGAAUAUAUUGCAAAGACUCAUUUUAAAACAAGUAUGGAAGCAAAAGGUUGUUUGGGAAGGUUUUAUAAAGUGUUGCCAAAGGACGAAGCCGCAAAGUUUUACAGUUCUUCUUCAGUUACCGGGCCCUCAAUUGUCUGAGGCUUUGAGUAUGUGUCCUGAACUGCACGAGCCUUUAAAACAACAUCUGACCAGUUUUUCUGAAAGCCAAAGGGCUCAUAUACCUUCAGCGAUACAAGAAGUUAUUUUUGGUUCACAACAACAACAACAACAGCAGCAACAACAACAGCAGCAACAACAACAGCAACAACAACAACAGCAACAACAACAGCAGCAACAACAACAACAGCAACAAACUUCUGUUCCAAAUGAAAUUGUAACUACGAAAACGAUUGAAAGUAGUUCUAAUCUCAAUGAGCCUUUGCCACCAGGGAUGGAAUAAACAAUUGCCUUAAUUUAUUAAUGCUAAUAUUUUUUUAAUUGUCGAAUUGAAAUAAAAAUAUUUGUGCAGGCAACAAC